AUGACCCACCGCCCAGCAUCUCCAACGCCGUUGGGAGGAGGCUCAAGCCCUGAACCAGAAGGUUUCCUCUCGCGCCAACUAUCCAACGAAGCAUAUGCCGAGCUGGAAAUUGCUGAACGGGCCGCACCACCAGGUGCUGCAGACAUUGGCCCGCCGCCUGACGGCGGAGCGCUCAUGUCCAUGGGCCAACUCGAGACGUAUUACCGCGCAAACCAGCUGAAAGAUUACUCCAAGGCGACUGUCGCGUGGAUCGAAACCGUGCAAGGAACCAUCGUGUACAUUGGCUCAAUCGCGGUUGGACGAUACUUUGAUGCCCACGGUCCACGCCAGCUCAUCUGGACAGGUACCCUGCUCUUGACGUCUGCCCUCGUCGCCGUCGCAUUCUGCCACGCGUACUACCAGUUCCUUCUCGCGCACAUGCUCUUUGGUAUCGGUGGCACGCUGUGCUACUCGCCCUCGACAUCCAUCUCUGCACACUGGUUCGCCAAGCGACGCGGAACGGCCGUAGCGGUCAUCAUCACGGGUGCCGGUGCUGGCGGUGUCAUCUACCCCAUCAUGAUGAAGGAGCUGUUGGACGUGUUGUCCUUCCGCAACACCAUGCUCAUUAUCGCCUUUUUCACGUUCGCACUCAUGGUCCCGCCAUGCCUGUUCAUGCAGUCGCGUCUGCCGCCGCACCAGCCACCGCCGCUGGCUACGCUUGCCCACCCAUGGAAAGAGGUGCGAUACACAUGUCUCGUCCUCGGUGCCGCGCUGUUCCUGGUCAACUUGUUUACACCCUACUUCUUCGCCCCCUCGUACACACAGUCCAACGGUGUGUCGGCCAACCUGGUAGACUACUCCAUCGCCAUCAUGCAAGCUGGCUCGUUUGCGGGCCGAGCCGCCGCUGGCCCCCUCGCCGACAAGUUUGGCGUCUGGACCGUCUUCGGCACCGUCACGUUCGCCAACGCCGUGGUCAUUUUCGCAUUCUGGACGGGCGCACCGGGAGCCGGUACGGCCAUUGCGGGGCUGGUGCUGUUCGGUUUCGUCUCUGGCGCAUGGCUCACCCUCCUCACUGCUGCCACGGCUGCAAUCUCGCCAGUGAAGGAGAUCGGUAUGCGUAUCGGCAUGCUCUGGACUGUGGGCGCCAUUCCGAACAUGGUCGGACCGGUCAUCUGCGGCGUGCUCAUCGGCGCUGCGGGCGACAAGUUCAUGUACGCGGGUGUGUUUACAGGGUGCACUUUCCUGCUAGGCGGGGGCCUGAUUAUGGGGCCGCUUGCGUGGCAGUUUGUGACAAGGAACACAGCAAAGUGA